AUGGAGACGUCUUUUCGACGCGCUAACAUUUCUCGCGGUGAUACAAAAUAUGACCCCGUGGUCGGCGCAUUGGACGCGCAAAUUCUCGAACUGGUCAGUGAUUUUCUCCGCAGUCCUCCCGAAACGGACAAAUACGAGUGUCUCAAAAAUAGAAUUAUCGCGGAAUUCGCGGACUCCGAAUCGAAAAAAAUUCGAAAGUUACUUAAUGACGUUGAGCUUGGUGACCGUAAACCAUCUCAGAUUUUGCGCCACAUGCGUGACCUGGCCGGAAGCUCAGUUUCGGAAACAAUUUUAAAAAGCUGGUGGAUUGAAAGAUUGCCUGUUACAACUCGAGCUUGCUUAAUAAUUGGUGAUGAAGAUUUAGAGAUAUGCGCCAAACGCGCCGAUACGAUCAUGAACUUUGUUGGAUCCACAUCCUCACAAGUCAUGGCAGUGAAAGCUGGUGCCAGUACACCACAUAAAAAUGAACAAUUUGAGGAAAUCCUUAACAAUAUUAAAGCUUUGACACAGGCAGUUACGAAUUUGGCAACCCAGUUGACCACCCCCGGUGAUCAUUCACGGUCACGAUCAUGA